CGGUCAACAACGCUGACCUCUUCCUGCCGUGGAUGUGGAAAUCAUAAAUACAAAUUGCUUAAUUGACUCACUCUUCCCUUAAUCUCUCUCUCUCUCUUUGUUAUAAUAUCUCUUCCCCUUCCCUUCCCUUCCUACAUUGGUUUCCCAUCCCUUCCUUCCUUCCUUCUUCUUCUUUCGCCGAUCCCUAAUCAGUUGUAUAUUUCAGCCCUUACCCACCUUUCUUCUUUCAUUGUAAUUUCCCCUUUCCGGAGAUCGGAGCUUUCUAUCGCCUUAUCUGUUGCCCUUUGCUUGUUUCAUUGUUCUCUUUGGAUUAAUGGAUGAAGACUCGGAAAGGAUUUUUCAAGAUGUUCCUUUACCCGGUGCUCCUGGCCACAUGGAGGGUGGAGGUUUGGUCGUUGAUCAUUCUGAUCAGCCAGCUUUGUGUGCUUUAUGUCGAACAAGUCUAGCACCUGAAUAUGAGGCAACAUUCGAUCUUGAAACCGUUAGUCUUUGUGGGGACUGCAAGUUUUUGUUGCUUGAGGAUCUUGCUACACCUCCUCAAGCCUCUCAUCCCAGACGUCCAGCUCAAAGAAGAAGGAACAGGCAAAGCAGUUCUGAAUCAAUUGAAUAUCUUUUCUCACAACAAUUUUCACAUAUGAUUAAUCUGGCGAGGCAGAACCAAUCCACUGUCUCUGGCCUCGAGGAUCAAAUUAUGGAUGAUGGUUCCACUGCAAGGUCAUUACGACGAAGUAGUUCCCGCACAACUCCUAGUAGUUCUAGAAGAUGGCAACGUGUUCUCUCUGAUUCUGAAAGUGAUGGUUUUGAUAACCUGGAUUCUAUUUAUGGUGAGAGUGAAUCAAAUGUUAGUUUUAGUUGGUACAGGGUUUUUCGCAGUGAGAGUGAUGCAAUAUCUUUUAGUACUUAUGGAGGGGACUCAGAUGCUUCUGUGGAUGGACAUAGUUUCCUGGAUACAGAUAUAUUUGUUCGAGCUGAGAAUAGGAGUGAUAUUGACAGUGACACUGAUAUUGAUCCAAUGCAUGCUGGUCUGGACCAAUGGAACUGGGAUGAACCACAAGGAGAUGGAGAUGACAAUGGUGAAUGGGAAGAAGCUGAUGCUGAGGAAGAAUUGGUCGAAUUUACUAUAUCUAGAGCUGUACUUCAAGAUUUGUUUAUUUCAAGUCCAAAUGAAACCAAUUUCCCUGUUUUUAAUUUCCAUCUCUCCAGAGCUGGCUUUGAACAACUGCUUGACCAUGUGGCUGAGACUGAUAGCUCAAGGAGAGGAGCGCCGCCUGCAUCUGUAUUUGUUGUGAAUAAUCUGCCUCGUGUGAUUGUCAGUGAUGAACACGAGAAGCAUGAUGGUUUGGCCUGUGCAAUCUGCAAGGAUGUUUUGCCUGUUGGCAUUGAAGUAAACCAGCUUCCUUGCCUUCACGUCUAUCACCCUUCUUGUAUCUUGCCAUGGUUGAGUGCACGGAAUUCAUGCCCCCUUUGCCGCUAUGAGCUUCCUACUGAUGACAAAGAUUAUGAAGAGGGGAAGCAACACAUGAACAGUAGGAUGGAGAUGCAUGAAAUCCUGCAGCGAGAUGCAAGUGAGGAUAGUUCUUCUGAGGACUCUGAUGAAGCUGAAGCAGAGGAAGCCUCUGAACUCGGCCCAUAUCAAUUACAGGAGGUGCCACAUUUGGAUCCUACCGUCAGUAGCUCUUCCAGGGAGGGUGGUAGAGACUGGAUUUUUCGUGCUGCUGCUCCUGUUGCUGGUAUUAUUGGUGUUGUUCUUGUUUUAUGGUUAGGCAAACCACUAAUUGGAAGAAGAGGAUCAACAAGCCAUUGCAAUCUACCUUCAUGGGGCCAGCAUCAAAUUCAGGUUUCAGAUUCAUCAUCGCUGAGCCAAAGGGGGAGCAGAAGCAGGAGAUGGUGGUCUUUCUUUUGAGAAGUUUCGGGAAUCUAUUUGGUGAUUACUUUUAGUGUUUUUUUUUUUGGUUUAUUGUGUAUCUUCUAAUCCCAACUUAUGGCCUCAGGAAAUUGAAUUGGGAAUGGUUAUAGUUUCCUUUCCUCAAGAGUGGAGUGCUUGUGCAAGAUUUCUUUCAAUUCAACUGGAUUUUGAUUAUCAAUAAUGCAAAACUGAGUUGCCUGUUAUCGAUUACUGCUUGA